AUGGAAGAAGGAUGUGGAAGUUCCGAAAUUGCCGAGAUGUUGAAAGAGAUUGAAAUGGAAGAACAAUCUGUCUCAAGUGAUAUGAAAAUGAAGGAGAUGGAAGAACAAUCAAGUGUGAUUAAUCUGGGCGAAAUUGAAAAUGCAAAAGAGAUAAAAUCGAAAAAGAAGGGGAUCAACAACUUUAGCUCUAAUUUGAUUUUCACAUUUUGUAUCUUACAGACAAAGGCAGCUCGAAAGUCUGAGAAGGGUGGCUCAUUGCACACUUGUGGUUCAGUGUCCAUGGGGACUGCUAGGAGGAAAUUGCAAGUUACUCUUGGUAGACCACCCAAUCGUCAUGAGGUAUGGAAGAAGACACAUACGAAAAUUGAAGACGGAAAAGAAGUUUGGGUCGAGCCACGGGCAGAGGAUACCUAUAAUCGGUAUAUUCAAGCGAUGGAGGAGCUCACUAGGAGUCAGUCGACCGAUGAUCAAGGCAAUACAAUCAUGCCAUCGGAGGAACAAACUAUCUCCUGUUGGUUGGACGUGGUCGGCGGCGUGACGAAGGGAAGAGCAUACGGCCUUUGCUCCGAGAAGAACUUUCACCGCCUCCACUGUGGAUUGCAAGGUAUAGGAAGUUCUGCCACUGUGUCAAAUGAGCAGCUUGAGGAGAUGCGACACGAACUUCGGGAACUUGCUAGGAAUUAUGAGGAGGAACGUAAGAAAAGGUUGGAGGAGGAGCGACGUAGGAUAAAUCUUGAGUCAGAUGUCAAAGAACUCAAGAAUCAGGUGUGUAACCUCAUCAAGUUGCCUCGCUCUCCGCCCCCGCCCCGAUCAUGAUGAUGGUGAGGAUGUAGAGGAUGAGGAGGAUCGGGAGCAUGGAGAGGUUUGAAAUGGAGUAUUAGGUGUCCGUUGUUAUUUUUGUUCUAACUUAUGUUAUUUUGGAUUGUUUGAAGUCUAGUGGGAUGGUAUAUGUUUGGAUAACAUUGACGUUGGUUGGAUUCGUACGUUUUUUGUUGGCUUAAUUUUAAUGUUUGAAUUA